AAUGCUGAAGGGAGGAGGGUCGGUAGAUUUCGCUUCGGUGUCCUCUAAAUUUUAUGUGAUUAGUGUCGAACUUGAUUUAAAUGGAUUGGAUUAAGUGAUACUGUUGGUGCUUAAACCGUUUACUUUACGCUUGAAGAGACUUGUUCGUGGCGCUGCUGAUUACAUUCCGACCGCUCCCAGUGCGUAAAGUACGUACGUCAGUAACCAAGUAUUUUUCAUGCCGUUUGUACUACUUGCUUGUAGUAGGGGCCGUGUGAUAGUAAAAGCUGUUGGAAAGUGCAUUCAUAGAAGUACUUGAUGCCGUAAACACCUAUCUCACGUCCCAUUUAGUGCAGAGCAGUAUGCGUUCAUAGUGUCUGCGAUUUCGAUGUUUGUAGCCAUUUUCGGUGUGUGAUCAGUCUGUGAUAUUUACGUGGUUGAAUUGCAAAAAAGUGAUUAAACCGAGGACUUUCCUGCAACACAACAAUCCGUCAAUCGCACUAUAAACAGUGUCGCAUGAUGUUAUUAUUUCUUAAUACAUUAACGGUCAAUUAGGCAAUCGAGUGGGAAGUUUAGAAAUGGUAAAGAAACAAAACCAGCAAUGGACGGCGUGAAGAAAUUACACUCGGGGACGCUGUAUCGCAACGGUCCGGUAGAGGGCGCGUAUGGUUCGCAGCACAGCCCCGUGUCCCGCUCGGACGCCUCCACCGAGGACGCGGAACUGUCGGCCGCGCUCGCUCACCAGCAUCACCUCGCUAUGCAGGCUGGAGAGUACCAAGUGUCGGGCGUGGAGCCUGACUAUGGCCAGUAUGUGUCCUCACCCGCAGCCCAUUACAACCACAUGGGACAUCUCACUAUGGCGCCAUCGCAGAAAUACCCUCAUGUGAUGGACUCAGUUUCGGUAUCAGGGGGUGUGUACGGGGCGGCAUCGGGUGCGCACUAUGGCACGUACGCGCACUACGGCGCUGCCUACCCCGCGCAGCCUGCAUACCUCGUUGAACCGGGGACGCAGGUUCCCGCUUAUAUGGCGCAAGAGUACGUAGAAGGUGGUGGUAGUGCGUCCCCACGUAGCGCUUCUCCAGGCGCGAUACCGCCACAGCAUAAUCUGCAUCUACAGCAGAGGUACGACUCGGCGUCGCUGGAGCAGCUGGGGCAGCUGGGGCGGCACUACUGCGUGACGUCACCGCGCGGCGAGUACGCCGGCGACGCGUACGGCUACCAGCACUACCCCGCCACGUACGAGCCCGCACACCACCAGCAAGGACAAUUUAAAGACUCUCAGAAUGGAUUAAGCCUCGGCAGUACCGGCGGCCAGUCAAUGUAUGGAGAUGAAGAUGAAUUGCAAAAGCAAAUGGCAGGAAUGGCGUUAGUGCACCCCGGCGUGGGCGGGCGCGAGGAGGGCGGCGGGCUGCAGUGGCGCGACCCUAACUUGCCGGAGGUCAUCGGCUUCCUCAACUCACCCUCGGAUGUGGUGAAGGCCAACGCAGCCGCCUACCUGCAGCAUCUCACCUACAUGGACGAUCCUAAUAAGCAGAAGACUAGGAGCUUGGGAGGAAUCCCUCCCCUGGUACGGCUGGUGUCACACGAGAGCGCGGAGGUGUGCCGCAACGCGUGCGGCGCGCUGCGCAACCUCUCCUACGGCCGACAGAACGACGAGAACAAGCGCGCCAUUAGAGACGCCGGUGGCAUCCCCGCGCUCAUGGCACUGCUCUGCCGCACCAAUGACAUUGAGGUGAAGGAAUUAGUGACAGGCGUGAUCUGGAACAUGUCGUCGUGCGAGGACCUGAAGCAGUCCAUCAUCGACGACGCGGCGCAGGUGAUCGUCAACAAGGUGAUCAUCCCGCAGUCCGGCUGGCACCCCACCAACCCUGGAGACACGUAUUGGUCUACUGUGUUCCGCAACGCGAGCGGCGUGUUGCGCAACGCGUCGUCCGCGGGCGAGUACGCGCGGCGGCGGCUGCGCGCGCUGCCCGGCCUGGCGGAGGCGUUGCUGCACACCGUGCGCGUCUCGCUGCGCGCCAACUCCAUCGGCACCAAGGUCGUAGAGAACUGCGUCUGCGUGCUGCGCAACCUCUCAUACAGGUGUCAAGAAAUCGAAGAUCCAUUGUACGAUACACGCGCUCCGCCGACACAGUCCUCGGGACAAGCCAGGAUACAAGCCAGCGCAUCUAAAGGCGAGAAUCUGGGAUGCUUUGGUGGCAGUAAAAAGAAGAAGGAAGGUUCGUCUUCCUCUAAUUCCACCAGUCCACUAGGCAAGAGUGACCCUGACUCGCAGCCGCUGGGGGAGACAGGCUCCAACACACAGCUGGGGUACAGCGUGCCCAAGGGGACUGAGAUGCUGUGGUCACCUGAAGUGGUGCCGCUGUACAUGGCGCUGCUGCAGUCCUGCUCCAACCCGGAGACGCUGGAGGCGGCGGCGGGCGCGCUGCAGAACCUCGCCGCCUGCUACUGGCAGCCCUCCAUAGAUAUACGCGCCGCGGUGCGCAAGGAGAAAGGUCUGCCGAUCCUGGUGGAACUGCUGCGUAUGGAGGUAGACCGCGUGGUGUGCGCGGUGGCGACGGCGCUGCGCAACCUCGCCAUCGAUCAGCGCAACAAGGAGCUAAUCGGGAAGUACGCGAUGCGAGACCUCGUGCAGAAGCUGCCCAGUGGCAACCAGCAGCACGAUCAGGGCACGUCGGACGACACGAUAGCGGCGGUGCUGGCGACGCUGAACGAGGUGAUCAAGAAGAGCGGAGAGUUCUCGCGCUCGCUGCUGGAGGCGGGCGGCGUGGAGCGCCUGCUCGCGCUCACCAAGCAGCGCCACCGGCACACGCCGCGAGUGCUCAAGUUUGCUGGUCAAGUUCUGAUGACUAUGUGGUCGCACGCGGAGCUACGCGAGGUGUAUCGCAAGCACGGCUGGCGUGAGGCUGACUUCUUAACUCCAGCGAGGGCUGCGCAGCCACGGCAGACCAAUACCAGUGGCGCGGGCGCGGGCGGUGCGGGCGGCGCGGGCGGGGCGGGCGCGCCGCACUCGCCCAGCAACGCCAACAGCACGCUCAGUCGGCCCAUGGCCUCCACGGGCGGCACACGCUACGAGGACCGCACCAUACGCAGGCAUAGAGAGAACGAUGACAUUCCGACAAUGGAGGUGAACAACUACCAGGACGGGCUGGGCAUGGGCAACCCCAACGGCCGGCCCAUGAACCUGCAGGGCGUGCAGGCCCAGAUGCCCAUGCCGCCCAGCAGCCGCUAGCUCCUCCGCACCUCCACACCGCCACCUCCACCUCCACUUCCACCUGGUGAGCCUCCACACCUCCACAUCCUGGGAGCAACUCUUUACUACUGAUGGGCAAAAUAACAUUACUUCUUCCCUUUAUGAUUCGUUCGAAUUGAAAAAUAUAAUUUAAAAUAAAAAAAACAUGUAACCUAAGUUUUUAGGAUUUAAUUCCUUUGUUAUUUUUAUUUUGGAAUUACUCAAACGCAAAUUAUCAGCAACACUGACAGCUGUCAUCUUGACGCGUGAUUUUUUUUAUUGUCUAUAAUUUUUACCAUAAACAUUUUAUUCGUUUUUAAAUCUUUUACAUUCUUUAUACCUUCUGAUAAGUUAGUGUCAUAUUUUAAAUAUCUUGUCCAUCAGUAUUCCGUUUUAUUUCAAAUUUUUGAAGAAUUUGAAGCAUUUAUUUACUUUUAUAGUAAACUUACUCUGUGCUUACUAUAAAUAUAAUACUUACUAUAGUAAAUAAUUUUGUAACUAACAGUCAAUAUAAUAUAGUUAUGUAAUAUUUGGAAAGGGUUCUUAUAAUCAUGUAAAAGUGGCUUUCUAAGUGUUGCCAAUAUACAGUCUGUUUAAAAAGUAUGCAAUUUAUGGCAGUUAAAAAGAUUGUUUUAUGCACAUAAUUACUUUAAAAAAUAAACUAUAUAGACAAGAAAAUCGAAAAGUAUGUUUCAAUUUUGAAAAACACUUUUUUGUUAAAAUAGUAAAUAUCAAAUUAAUAAAACGUUGCGUAGUGUUUGAAGACAGUAAUUAGGGCCUGUCCCACCAAAUUGCAAAUUGUCUGAUAACAAUCUAAUGUGUAAAAUAUGUGAUUGCUAUAUCGGA